AUUUUAGCUGUUUGCGUCGAUCCUGGGAAGCCUGUUAAUGGCAGCAGAAUAGGGGAUACCUUCCUUGAUGGUCAGGCUGUGGCAUUCAGUUGCAGACCAAGUCACACACUGAUUGGCGCGCCAAUUUUACGGUGUAUAGCUGGAAAAUGGAAUAAGCCUACACCGAAGUGUAAAGCGUCAUGCAAGGAUCCAGGCACUCCUAAAAAUGGUGUCAGACAUGGCACCGAGUUUACUCACAACAAGCGAAUAUCCUUCGCAUGUCUUGCGGGAUUUCAGCUGACAGGCACUGCAAACGUAGUGUGUAUUAAUGGAAAGUGGAGUGCAUCCACGCCUCAAUGCAAAGCUGUUUGCGUCGAUCCUGGGAAGCCUGUUAAUGGCAGCAGAAUAGGGGAUACCUUCCUUGAUGGUCAGGCUGUGGCAUUCAGUUGCAGACCGAGUCACACACUGAUUGGCGCGCCAAUUUUACGGUGCGUAGCUGGAAAAUGGAAUAAGCCUACACCUAAAUGUAAAGCUUCGUGUCCAGACCUUGUUGCCCCUAUAAAUGGCCGAGCUAUUGAUUUCAAGCCUGGUUACCGUCACGGAGAACAAGCGAAGUUUUCGUGCGAUUCAGGGUUUAAAUUAAUUGGGUCAUCAAACAUCAGGUGUCUCGAUGGAAAGUGGAGCUCAACAACUCCUUUUUGUAAAGCUACUUGUAAAGAUCCUGGAGUCCCAUUGAAUGGAAAAAGGAAAGGAAGCACAUUCAUCGACGGUGACACAGUGGAGUUUCUUUGCGACGAAAACUUCAGCCUCGUUGGUUCAUCGAUCAGUCGUUGUUUGGGUGGAAGGUGGAGCUCGGCUUUUCCAGAAUGUAAAGCUUCUUGCCCAGACCCUGGAAUACCCGUGAAUGGUGAAAGGGUUAACGGGAGUUUUGCACAUGGCAAGCACUUGCAGUUCAGGUGUAAACCAGGAUUUUGGUUGGUGGGAAGUCAGCUAAUCGUUUGUAGAGAAGGUACAUGGAGCAACGAAAUUCCCACGUGUAGAGCAUCCUGUCCUGAUCCUGGUAUACCGAGACAUGGCAGAAGAAUCGGUUCUAAUUUUGGUCACGGUGGCCAGGUGACAUUCGGGUGUUUAAAGGAUUUCACCCGGCUGGGAAGUCAGUCUAUGACGUGUCACGACGGGAAAUGGAGCUCUGUUGUCCCUGUCUGCAAAGCGUCAUGCAAGGACCCAGGCACUCCUAAAAAUGGUGUCAGACAUGGUAACGAGUUUACUCACAACAAGCGAAUAUCCUUCACAUGUUCUGCGGCAUUUCAGCUAACAGGCACUCCAAACGUAGUGUGUAUUAAUGGAAAGUGGAGUGCAUCCACGCCUCAAUGCAAAGCUGUUUGCGUCGAUCCUGGGAAGCCUGUUAAUGGCAGCAGAAUAGGGGAUACCUUCCUUGAUGGUCAGGCCGUGGCAUUUAGUUGCGGACCAAGUCACACGCUGAUUGGUGCGCCAAUUUUGCGGUGCGUAGCUGGAAAAUGGAAUAAGCCUACACCCAAGUGUAAAGCCUCGUGUCCAGACCCUGUUGCUCCUGUAAAUGGCCGAGCUAUUGAUUUCAAACCUGGUUACCGUCACGGAGAACAAGCGAAGUUUUCGUGCGAUUCAGGGUUUAAAUUAAUUGGGUCAUCAAACAUCAGGUGUCUCGAUGGAAAGUGGAGCUCAACAGCUCCUUUGUGUACAGAUAUUGACGAGUGUUCAGAGGGAGUAUCCCGUUGUCAUGCCAACGCUGAGUGCACAAAUACCAUUGGUUCUUUUACGUGCAAAUGUAACGUAGGCUCAGUUGGAAAUGGCAAGAGUUGUUUCAAGAAUUGCAAUGAUCCGGGUACACCAAAAAAUGGUCAGAGAAAAGGCAGCGAUUUUGAUCAUGGAAGUGAAUUAACUUUUUCAUGCCAACCUGAUUUUACGCUUGUCGGAGGCAGGAAUAUUACUUGCCGCGAUGGAACGUGGGGUGGCAGAGUUCCUGUGUGUAUGGCCAACUGCAAAAAUCCAGGAGUUCCACUUCAUGGUUCCAGGACGGGCGACAAUUUUCAAAACGGACAAACUGUUAGUUUUUCAUGUAAUCGUGGCUACAAGUUGAUUGGCAGAAAGGCUAUAAGGUGUCAGAGAGGAGUAUGGAGUUCAUCUUUACCACAGUGUAAAAAGAGUUGCAAUGAUCCAGGUAGGCCUAACAACGGCCAAAGAAGGGGCGGUGAUUUCCAGCACGAAAAGACAGUGACGUUCACAUGUCAACCUAAUUUUAAGCUUGUUGGUCGUGGAGCUAUAACUUGCCGUGAUGGAACAUGGAGUGGCAGAGUUCCAGUGUGUAUGGCUAGCUGCAAAAAUCCUGGAGUUCCACGUCAUGGUGUAAGGCCAAGCGUCAACUUCCAACAUGGAAAAAUAGUCAAUUUUUGGUGCAAAAGUGGUUACACGUUGAUCGGUAGUAGGUCAAUAAGGUGUCAGAACGGAGUUUGGAGUUCAUCAUCUUUACCGCAGUGUAAAAAGACUUGCAAUAAUCCAGGUACACCAAAAAACGGCCAAAGGAAAGGGAAUGAUUUCCGUCACGGAAGGAAUGUAACGUUUACUUGUCAAACUGAUUUUAAGCUUCUUGGUAACGAGACUUUAACCUGCAGUGAUGGAACAUGGAGUAGCAGAGUUCCCGUAUGUUCAGCCAGCUGCCAGAAUCCAGGAGCUCCACGCCAUGGUUCCAGGACAGGCGACAAUUUUCAGCAUGGAAAGACAGUCAGUUUUUCAUGUAAUCAUGGCCACAUGUUAAUUGGUAGGAAGGUCAUAAGGUGUCAGAAAGGAGUAUGGAGUUCAUCUGUACCGCAGUGUAAAAAAUCUUGCAUUGAUCCUGGUAAACCACGGAAUGGUCGCAAAAUCGGGGCAGAUUACCGUCACGGAAGAAGCGUGUCUUUUGUUUGCCAACGUACGUUUAAACUAACAGGAGUGAACAGAAUCACUUGCCGUGAUGGGGCAUGGAGUGGCAACGUACCCACAUGUAGAGCGUUAUGUCCUGCCCUUACCAACAUAAGACAUGGCUCUUACAACGGAAGUAACUAUGCAGGAGACAGUGUUACAUACACAUGUGACGAUCGGUACUUGUUAGAUGGCUCUUCUGUCGUCACGUGCGUCGAUGGGCGAUGGAAUGGAACUAGACCCAUCUGUAGAGCUCCGUGUUCUCCUCCAAUUCCACCAGUUAACGGUUUCGUCUUCGGCGAUAACCACCAACACCAAUCGGUUGUUCAGUUCUGGUGCGAUCAAGGUUAUAUAUUACAGGGCUCCGCGUCUAGUGAGUGUUUUGAUGGAAAAUGGGACAAGAGAGCUCCCCUCUGUAAAGACACCACCAAAUCAUGCAGGAAGCCUACUCUUCCGCCGAAUGCAUAUCUAAGACUCGUGCAGUCUCAGAUGGAAGUGUUUCCCGACGGUGCAAGAGUGUAUUAUCGGUGCAAUCUGGGAUACUCGCAGGUUGGAUUUCCCAUUCAAAGAUGUGCGAAUGGACAGUGGACUAAACUGGCUUUCAGAUGUCAACCAAGAUCUUGUGGUAACCCAGGACGUAUCAAAAAUGGCAAAAUAAGCAGUUAUGUGUUCACGUACAAUAGAACGGUCGAGUACUCCUGCAGUCCUGGGUAUACUCUUAUGGGAUCUAAGACUCGUUUAUGCCAAGCCAACGGAACGUGGAGUGGAACAUCAGCCCGAUGCACGACGGUGGACUGUCGUCCCCUUACUGCUCCUUCCAAUGGAGAGAUUGUCGAAGCAUCCACCUCUUUCAAAGGAAAAGUGAAAUUCCGCUGCGUUGGCAUGCAAUAUAAAUUGGUAGGACCGUCAAUACGGACGUGUCUCCCAAAUGGACAAUGGAGCGGUACACAGCCAUCUUGUGAUUUGAUUGUUUGUAGCGAUCCCGGGACUCCAGAAAACGGAAAGAGAAAAAUUACUCGCGGAUUGUACCACACUGGUUCUGUGCGAUUUUCUUGCACAAGAAAACACAAACUCGUUGGAGCACAUAUAAUCUACUGCAUGAGAGAUGGUACCUGGAGCAGACCUAAGCCGAACUGUUUAGCCCCCUGCUCAAAUCCCGGCACGCCCAAAAACGGCAGGCGGAAUGCAAGUGAUUUCAGACAUAACCGGGUAGUUCGAUUCCGUUGCAAUAGGAAUUUUCGACUCGUCGGCUUAAAAGCAAUAACUUGCAAGAAUGGACAAUGGAGUGGAGCUGCACCUACGUGUCAAGAAAGGAACUUGCAUUAAUGAAGCAAGAGUGAAUAAUUACAACAAAGCGUUAGCAAGGAUAAUCAUUUUUAAGUUUUAAAGUAUAUACAUAUUGUUUUUGUUUCAAUUUAACAACCUCAAAGAUGUGUUAUAGGUUUGAGGUCUGGUUUCCAUUUUCUAUUACUAAUAUUUUUACCACUGUAAUGAAUCAUGGAUGUCUUUAACCAUGUUUCUGAUUGUAGUGAGGUCAGCGACAGUAUCCUCUUAACGCCCACCUCUCUUGUGCGGCCAAUCUGCUAUGGCCCCAAGAUACCCGUUAAGGGAAAGCUCAUAUUUUAGUUACAAGAAACUGAGAGCACCAUUAUUUCUCUCGAUCUCUACAACGAGAAAUACAGAACUGCAAGGUGAGCAGCGCUAAAAUGAAGACAUAUUUCAAGCUCAAGAUAUGGUAAUAUCCACUGUUAAGUAUCUUUUUCAGUAUUGUUCAAUAUUUCCAUUUGAAAGCACAGGCUUGACAGAAACUUGCCGACAAAUAGUGGAUUAAAGCUGAUAGAGACACUUAAAGUUAGCAAUACCAAAAAUGUAUCAUUUUAAAAAUGUACUUUAAAUGUGGCAAUGGUCUUUCUUACAA